AUGGCCCACUACCAGCAGCUCGCCACCUCCCCCUCCCACGCAGACGCCCAAAAGCAGUACUUCCCGCCCCCCAAGCCCCACCCCGUCCGCCACCGCCUCCGCCUCCUCCUUCCCCUCCUCCCCAUCGCCGCCCUCUCCCUCAUCGCCCUCGCCCUCCUCCCCUCUUCCACCGACCUCCUCUCCCCCCAGACCCUCGCGCCCCAUCCCUCAGAGAACGAGCACUUCUUCACAGGCGAUAUAUGGGCGCACAACGACCUCGUCGCCGCCAAGCUCGAGCGGUGCGCGUCUCUCGGCUUGCUCCGCAACACUUCCCGGCCUUUACUACCGCACCAGCGCCUCAGCGACGAGGAAGAGCUGGAAUUGCAGAGGGAGGGGUGCGGGACGAAUGAGACGACGGUGGUGAUUCUUUCUUCGUUCUGGUUUGCAGAGUCGUUCCAGGGGCAUGCACCGACGGGCGAGACGGUAUAUGCGCAGAGCAUCAUGUCGUCCCUCAAUGCGUUGGGGUAUUCGUACUUUUUCUCGUCGUUGGGGUGGUACAACUCGGAUAUGCGCAAGACGACCGAGCUGUGGCACAAGUAUGGGGGGAAUGUGAGGAUGGUGAUUUCUGAUCCGGGGCAGCUGGAUACGUGCUGGAAUGAUGAGGGGCAGAAGUGUUUGAAGACGGAGGAGAACCCCGAGGGGAUACCUGCUUGGUGCCUGCUCGCUUUCUGGUACUGGGACACCCCCGGAAACCCCCUCGGCCCCAAAUUUACAUUGUCACCAUCACCCCUCAACGACAACAUUUUCCUUUCCUACUCUAUCGAACCCACCUGCCUCCGCCUCCCCUUCAUUCCCCACUCCUCCCGUUCGAAACCCCCACAAGCAUACCUCCUAGCCAAACAGAUCAACUACCUCUCCUCUUUCUCCCAUAACGACCGUGACCCGUACGCGCAAUUCGCUUGGACGCUGCCCGCCCUUUCCGGCCUCCGGGAAGAGUUCAAUAUCAGUGUGGUGGGCGGGAUGAGGAAUAAUAAUGAGACGAUGAGAGGGUUGGUGGAAGAGAGUGGAAUAAGGAAUCUGGGAGAGUUGGGGGUGGUGGAGUUUUAUGAGCAGUUGGCGGAGAGUUUUGUGUUGGUGGGGGUAGGACAGCCGAGGAUCAGUCCGAGUCCUUGGGAUGCGCUUUGUAUGGGCGUGCCCUUUAUCAACCCGAUUUUGGCGUGGGAUGAAGAAGAUCCGGAGAAUAGGACAAAGUGGCAUACUCAGCAGUGGCAUAUGACGCAUAUGGACCCCCCAUACGUCUACCCCACCCAAGCGCACAACCUUUCAGCCCUAUCCCACUCCAUCCAACAAGUGUUAGAGAAUCCAUUGGAAGAAAGGUAUAUACCGGAACAUAUGCGGUUUGAGUGGGUGAAGGGGCGGAUGGGGGAGGUGGUUGAGGGGGAUUGGGAGGGGAGGGGGAGGGAGGUUUUGGAUGAGUGGGUUGGGAGGGGGGAGGGGAGGGGGUUUGUUAUGUAG